AGAGAAAAUGGCGAGUCAACUUUUAAUGCUAGUCGCAAUUUGUUCUUUGUUGUUGAUGUGAUCCAUGCUCAUGCUGUACCAAGAGAAAUCCAGUGACGAAAGAGAUUAAAGAGUUUGCAACAAAAAGUGAAUGCGCAAGAAAUUCUCCAGCUGGGUCCACUGCCCUGUGUACGUUAGAUUUUUCCUGGGAAUGUGUGUCGGAUUCUGGCGAGGGGACAGAUGUGGCCAGUACGUUGGUGUCCCAAGAAAAUGACAAUAGCUACACGCAAACGGCUUUUAAUACUACUACUGCGGGCUCUACAGUGCCCGCCAAAAAAGCGAAUGCGAUUCGUUUGAGAGUUCGGGUGGAAUUCAUGGUAUUCGUGAUAUGCGGCGGUCUGUUUGUUACAUAAGAAGAAAAGGGGAUGAUGGUGAUAUAAGUUAAUUCUCUUAUAUGAAGUCUACCUGUGCUCUAAUAUUUUCUUCAAACUUUGUUAUUGUUUUUUUUUUAAUGGAAGCCAGUCAUUUUUCUUAUCACGGUGACAAAAUUUUGCAACUGCAACUGAAGCAAUUUUAUUGAGUCAAGUUUACUUCGCAUUUAGCAUUAUUUCCUUUUACAUAUGUAUUUUUGGUUUUUAUGUGAGCUUUUUCUAAUGUUUGGUGUAAAAAGUUUCGUUCUUUUUUCAUAUGAAGGGUAUUAACUUAUGUCUUACAUAAACUUGGAGAUCUAUAUAUUUGGCUUAUGUUGUAAAAUUACAUUGUCUUUUUCAAAACUUUAUUAACAUAUGUGGUGGAAAUGUACAGGUAAUGGAUUGUAGUUCACUUAUCUCCGGGUCCUGAGAUAGACUCUGAGUAAAUCUUACUAGUUUUUGUUCAUAAAAUAACAUAAUAGUAUGAUGGCAACAAGUUUAUCGAACUUU